CAGGAAGUCUCAACCUCAGUCGUCGUGUUUCUUCUCCUUCACAGAUUCAUCCCGUCACUCUCUGUGUGUUUGGCGUGACGCUGUCGGCGGCGACACUUGGACGCGUCCCCUCAGGCUGCUGGACCCUGCUGUGAGUUUGUUGUUGGUCACUGGAGCCGGUCGGAGCGGUGGAUGAACGGAGGCGUGGGGCGAUGGCGGUGAAUCUGAGUAAGAACGGUCCUGCGCUCAUGAACGCUUAUAAGGAAGUGGUGGAUGGCAACUUGGACACGAACUGGGCUCUGUUCACGUAUGAAGGGAACAGUAAUGAUAUCCGUCUGGCAGAUAAGGGAGAUGGUGGGUUGGAGGAAAUGGUGGAGGAGCUGAACAGCGGGAAGGUGAUGUACGCUUUCUGUCGCGUCCAGGACCCAAACUCUGGACUGCCCAAAUAUGUCCUCAUAAACUGGACAGGUGAAGGUGUGAAGGACUCUCGGAAAGGAAUAUGUGCAAACCAUGUGGGCUCAAUGGCCAACUUCCUGAAGGGAGCCCAUGUGACCAUAAACGCCCGCGGAGAAGAAGACGUGGAACCGCAGAGCAUCCUGGAGAAGGUGGCCAAGGCCUCCGGAGCCAACUUUAAUUUCCACAAACAAACAGAGUACAAAGACGCUCCCAGAGGACCCGUGGGUUCGGUGUAUCGGAAGACAAACGCUGUGGAGGAAAUCCAACAAACCAAAAAGGACAACUUCUGGGUCCAAACUCAGAGGGAUGAAGAGGAGCGUCGACGGGAGGAGAUCCAACGAGCAGAGCUGGAGAGACAGACAGUGGAGAGGGAGAGGAGGGAGAUGGACGAGAGGCAGGCAAAGGAGAGGGAGAGGAGAGCAAAGGAGAGAGCUCAGCAGAUUGAGCAGGAGAAGUUGUUUCAGAGGCAGAGAGAAGAAGAAGAAAGACAGAGGGAGCAGCAGCGACAGAACCAGCCAGAAAAUGGAUACAAGAAGUCGGGAAUCAACUCUGCUGCGUCGGUGCAGAAAGCUAACGAGGCCAAAUCGCUGAUUUCUCAGAGGUCAUUUAAUCCCAGAGACAUAUUCAAACAGAGGGAGCAGAGCUUUGAGUCCAACAACCGACCGUCUCCUGCUGCAUCCAGACCCGGGAAGCUGCAGAGUCCAUUUUUAUCCCAGAAAUCCUUGGAGAGAGAAGCUCCGCUGCAGCCUCAGUAUCCAGCUGUGACCCCCCUGUCUCCUGUCUCACCUGAAUGCUCUCACUCACCUGUUCCAGCUGAGACCCCCCUGUCCACCGUCUCACCUGAGCGGUCUCAUUCAGCUGACCAACCUGUGUUCCCGCCCUACUCCAUGCACCCCCUGUCUCCUGUCUCACCUGUCUCACCUGUGCUGUCUCAUUCACCUGCUCCAGCACCUGUGUCACCUACACCGCCGGAGACAACAGACUCACCUGUUCAGGCUGCAGAUGCUGUUUACACAGAAGAGGAGGAGUGGUCAGAUGAGUUUGAUGAAGAUGCAGAUGAACCUAUUCCAGAGGAUCUGUACGAGGCACCACGUCCGUCAGCGGAGACAGAGGACGACCUGUAUGAAAAUGUCUACCAGCACGUCCCCACAGAUGGAGACCAGGAUGUGGGGACCAGUGGACAGGACAUCAGAGCCAGAGCUCUGUAUGACUACCAGGCCGCGGACGACACUGAGAUCACCUUUGACCCUGAUGACAUCAUAACGGGGAUCGAGAUGGUGGAUGAAGGCUGGUGGAGAGGAUACGGACCUGACGGACACUACGGCAUGUUCCCCGCCAACUAUGUUGAGCUUCUCUAGGUUUCAUCACUCUCUUCAUGUUCCAUAAACACUGAAAAAGGUCACAGACAGGAAGUGGAAGACAGUAAUCAUAAUAAAAAGAAAGUGUGGUAUUUUUCAACUUGGAUCCUGUUCUCCUGUGUUUCUGUGUCUGAGGCAGCUUUCACACCUGCCCUGUUUGGUUCGCUUCAAUCAAACUCAUGUUCGCUUGCCCCCUCAGUGCGCUUAGUUUGGGCAGGUGUGAACACAGCAAUCACACUCAGGUGCGCACCAAAACAACCGGACCGGUUUGUCCGACUACAAACGAACUCUGGUGCGGUUGGUUUGUGGUGAGAACGUGUUCCGACCUGGAUCUGAACCAACUGCAGUCACAUGACACCAGAACAUUACAGCUGCUCUGACACACACACACACACACACACACACACACACACACACACACACACACAUGCCAUCAGUCACAGGCAGUCUUCAUGCAGGCUGCUGGGGCACAACCCAUCGUUACAGGGUUAUCUUUUUAAUUUUGGUGGUGAAGAUGGAAAAUGUGUUUUUUACUGACACAAACAUGCAGCAACAUUUUAGCAUGAAAAAACAAACCUGUGGCUUUUGUCCUGAAGUUUGUGGAGGGUGGAGUUUGUGUGUGUCUGCAUGAAGCAGUACAUGCUGCACAUUCUUCUUCUGUAGGAAAAGAGAAAAGUAGGAGACAGUUGAAAAUCUCUGUUAAAAUGUUCCAGUGUGACGACUGUCUUUUUUAAACUUCAUUUUAUUUUACAUCAAAAGCAGCUUAUAAUUUUUUUUUUUUAUUUUUGUUUAAUUUGUUUUUAAAUACAUCAAAACUGGGUGAUAAAUUAUUUUCAUAAAUUUUAUUUUGCAUUAAAUAACUCUUUCAUUGUUUUAUUUAAUUUUAUUUUACCUUAAAUACUUUAUAUUUGUCCACAGACAUCCACAGGCCUGUGACCACAUGGAAAAUCCUCAGUAGCUCUGAAAAUUACCCACAAUCCUUCACUAUGUACUACAUCACACCAGUACUGAGUUUUGACAGCAGGUGGUGCUGUCGCUCCCUCAAACUGAAUAUAAUCUGAGCAUCUGAACAGCAGAAAUAGCUGAGACACAAACUGAACAGAUAAAGGUCACACAUAACGAGACUGUUAUUAAAUUCAGAUGGCUUUAACCUCAUUAACUGUGUCACAUCUUUAUUAAGGACCUCGGCCUACAGCUUCCUGAAUAAAUGCCUGAUAGCAAAAACAUGUAAAUACAAGAUUUCCAGGUCAAACUCUUUUGCCUCAUUUAAAAUUUCAAUCAAAUCUGUAGCUACAACUGUGCUGCAGCAGUACACGAUCACAUAUAUGUAGUCCUGCUCAGUUUCUCCACUGACAUUAACUAGUAUAUAUUUGUGUCUGCCUGCUGUUACUUAUAUCCUCACAGCAGCCAGCACACAUCAGUCAAGCUUUCACUAGGUCACAUGAUUUCAAAUGAAUAUGGAUGUGUCGUUUGAUCAUCACACAUGUGAAAGUUUCACCAGGUCACAUGGCUUAUGUCUACAACUUUCAAAAUAUGAGCUCACACCACCUUCAUAAGAACCCUUUACUUUUUUGAAAAUGAACUUGAUAAUGAGCGCAUUCAUUUGUUGUACACCCAAGCUCUUCAACAGGUCAAGAGGUUUUAAAUUACUUUAAAAAUGACCUUAAAAGUAUUUCCAUUUAUUUUCAUCAAUAUUAUUUCUCUGAACCCAACUGAAUGACCUGGAGGGUUACAGCAAAUUACCUCAUUUCAAGUACAAGUCCAUAACAGAGUGUUACAAACAUCAGGAAAGAAUACACAUCUUUGAGGAAAUGUUACAGAAGACAUUUUGUUUCCAUAGCGGACAUAUCACAGUUACAUUAAGUUAAAACAAUGUCAGGACAUUCAUUUACAUAAGUAAUUGUUUCACUUUAUUGUUCAAGUGGAAAAAAUUACUAAUUAACAGUCCUACAUUCUCUCCCUGUCCCUGCUCUCAAACAACAAUUAAGAUGGGAUUACUGUUUGAACUUUGUCAUGUCCCUCUCAUAGACUACUCGCACUACAGUACAUCUUGGGCAGAGCACACACACAUAAAAGAAAAUUUAAAAAAAAAAGUUUUAUCAUCAUUUCUGCUUUUACGAAUAAUUCACACUGUCUGAGUGAGCUGGAGGCCGAAAUUGACGAGAUUCCGAGGUCCCGCCCAACGCUGCUCACAGCUUUAAUUACAUAAUGUGUUUUUAAUUUAAAUAAAGCUGAGUAUUGAAUAUUAAAAGACAUUUUGCUGAGAAAUGCAUCCUUCUACUUUGUGAAUAUGAAUCUCAUGCCACUAAACACAUGAUGAUGAUGUGUUGCGUUAAUUUUCUCCCUACAGUGACAUCUGGCUGACUGAUUCAUCACUGCAGCUCAGAGUAACACGAGACACCUGUGUGAUGAGACCUGGAAAUAAAAAAACCCCCAAAGAUUAUAUUUAAUUAAAAAAAUAAUCCCCACACUGUUAAUCAGCUAAAGUGAUUAUAGACGCAGCACUUCAGUCAGAUAGACCUCAUCAGUCAUUCACGUCUUGUCCACUCCUUAUUUCUCCUUCACUUCUUUUAAACAAUUUUAUUACCAUAUUUUUAUUCAUACUUUUGAUGAGUUAUGAGGAUAUUUGGUAUCAAAGCUGUUCGGUAUGAAAUUUAGCAACAUUCUUAUGAAACAAUAAAAUUCCUUCCAUCACAAAAUUGAGCAAAAUCCUUCUUUCUUAAGUUCAGAAAACAUCUUUAUUGUAAAAAUGCAGAAUUGUCCAUCACAAAAUUAAGCAAAUCUUGCCUUUAGUAAUAAAACUGGCAAAAUCCAUUAUCAUAAAAUUGGGCAAUUUUUCCAUCAAAAAAAAACAAGCGCAAUUCUUUGAAAUAAGCAAAAUCCUCCAUCAAAUUAUAAUAUUUCUUUUUUUUGUGUUAAUGAUAUUACAGCUAAAGAAAUAUGGGAGCAGAAAGAGGGGUGACAUGAAACGAAGGGCCGCAGGUUGAAAAAUCCAAAAUCUAUUAUCACAAAUAAAGCAAAAUUUUGCAUCCUAAAUUGGCAAAAUCAGUCAUCAGAAAAUUUGGGUUUUUUCUAGCACAAAAUUAAGAAAGAUCCUUAAACAAAAUCCUUCAUCAGAAACAAAAUGUUUAUGAAAGAAGCAAAAUCAUGGAAGUAAAGAGGAACCACACCCAUUUUCAAAAUUCAUAUAUGUCAUUCCUAUGGUCUCUGGCAGGUAAAAAAAAACAAAAAGAGUAAACAUGUACAACUUUCUCCUGAAUCCAAAAACUAGAGUGUUAAAAGUCAGAGCUGUAAGACUUAUUCAUAAAGCUGAUCCAAGAUAACACGCCAAAGGACAAAGUCAGGACAACUGAAACUUAAAGACUCAGUUGAUUUACGAACACUGUUAUUUAUGUAUGGAGCAAAAUGCAGAGUGUUCUUCAUUUCAGAGGACGAUAAGCACAGAGAAAAUUUCACUUAAAGCACCAGUUUGGAUGGAUGACAUAAAAACUAAUGUGUUCUAUAGUGAUGGGUGGAUUUAAAGGGUUUCUAAAUAUUGUCCAGGUCAAGAAAACGUACAAAGAAAGAACAAUUAGAUGAUAUGAAGUUGUCGUGUAGAGGCUGUUUCCUUGUUGACAUUGUGUGCGUCUAGCCAGCAAAAUUUGCUCUGGGUAAUACGUUCAUCUUGAUUAUUGAAACAGGUGCGAAGGGACUUUGGCAGCACAGACCACCUGAUUACAUCAGAGGCAAUUCUAUUCAGCAUGUUGCUGAAAUUAUGUUUAACUAUAGCUUGAAUUGAAGGGAAAUUUUCAAUUGACAGGUAUGUGAAAUUUUUUACGACUGGAAUGAGGGAAGGGACAAGGCACUGGUCAUUGUCUGACUCAGUGGUAAUAUGGCCAAUAGAUUCCCAUACUGAUCAAAUAUAGACAGGAUCUGCUGAAUACACAGAACAGCAUUAUUUAUGUACAAUAGCAUGUCAUCCACGUAUAAUGAAAUAUGGUGAUGUGUGAUCAACAGCAGUGGAGAGUGACAAACAGUCUGUGCCAGUGGCUCGAACAAAAGUGCGGACACCAGUGGGCUCAAAGGGCAGCACCGCCUCGACCCUCUGCAGAUGGGAAAUGGAGGGGACUUUAGACUUUGAACAGUCAGUAGAUGUGUCCUCAUACGGGGACGAUGGGCUGAUCUUUAAUAGUCACAAGUGUGUCAUAAAUUAUAAAACUGUUUCAGUUAUUUCAACACCUGAACAUUGUUGUGCAAAAACUAAACAAAAAGUCCAAAUGUCCUCAAACAAAACAAUAUUUCAGUCCAAAUGUCCUCAAACGAGUACUUCAUAAUUAACAGCAUUUAGUUUGUU